GUUUAAUGUUACAGGCUCCACCUGAUCAAUAGGCGAGAGCGACCCUGGAGCCCGUUAGAUAGCCCUGGACACGCCAGUGGUCAGCCCUGUGAGAACUACCCGUACCCGAUCCGACACCUGCUCAGGGAACACGCCAUUGACAGAAAGUAAGCGAUUUACGCAAGGCGAGUUUAGAAACUGUAAGCCAACUUGUGUGUGGGAUCUAAACUGUUGGUUCAGUUGUUAGAAAUCAUCCUGAGAGCUAUUUGCUGGCUAGAAUUUUCUUUAUAAUGUCUUAGCAGUGAAACAGGACAGACCAAGGCUAAAUGCGCCUCUGUUAUUUGCUCAUCUGCCGCCACUUCUUUCCUGACCUCCACCAGUAACCUCGACAAUCGGAGUUAUCGGCCAUGGACCCUCGCUUUGCUCAACACAUUUCCAGAUGAGCCAUUACAGAGAUGAUCAUGUCGGCAAUGUCAUCGUUUAAGAGAAAAAGAAUCGAAACUUGGUGUGAAGAAGUAGCGCAGUAUCUGAGAAAUGGCACCAUAUGCAGGUCCGUCAUUGGCCACGUAGCAGAAGACGGUAUAUGCGGGAACUCUGUCGUGUCAGCGGGUGAGAACGGAGAGCACAUCGAGAACCGGGAAAAUAUCCUAAACCAUAAUGGUGGUGGUGUUGACGCUAUUUAUAACGGGAGGAACGGUACUUCCCACAGCAACAACAGAGUGGAAAAUGCUCACAGAAUCAACGGACACGCCUUAGGGGCUGCUGACUCUUUGCUCAACACCAAAAGGGACAGCAUUAGCGGGUCUUUUCCGUUUGUGAAGUUGACGUAUAAUCAUUACCAUGAACAGAGGAGGAAGAUUGACAGAUUAGUACAAGGCUUGCCUGUUCUUAAUGCGAAUAGCGUGUCAACGAUUGACAGGCCUUCCUCCAAAGCAUCCACUGACGAUCAUGUGCCCAUCAUCAUCGUCAACGGGGAGGAGCCAGUGAGAAACCCCCACACUCGCUCUCGCUCCUCGUCUCAACCCCGCCGACACACCCAUCAACACAGCCACGCCCACUUUGUCAGUGGAAGCCACACCCACAACAACAACGGCUUGCAGCUGCAAGCGCCACAUACGGCGAGACAGCUUGCAGCGCAGCAAGGAGCCGGACAUUUCCGGUCAGCCAGCGGUCCACGACGAUCUGGAAACCACGUGACAUAUGAGCCAGGACGUGUCAGACGGAGCAACAGCGGCGCCGCGAGACUCUAUGACGUCAAACACAGCCAGAUGUCACCGGAAGUGGCCGUCACUGUUGACCCUGACCUGGGCCUGUCCAGCGCUGAGAGAAUAGACAGGAUCAAAACGGCGCCCGCCCCGAACAGGAAUGUGACCAGAGCGAGACAGAGGAUCUUGAACAGGCGGAAUAAUAACAGAGUCUUAGAGCACACCUCACAGAUCCCGCUGCAGAACUGUUGGGCCAUGGCGGAGCUAACCUGGUGAGGACUAAUCUGAUGACGUCACCUUCUGUAAGCUCCACAAAACACUGAUACAGCAUGUUAACUAACACGGCCGAAAUAGCCCACUUCGACUCGUUGGGAUUG